GCGAGCGACAGCAGCCUGUGCGACGCCGUGUGCGAGGGCGACACCUCGACCACGUGCGGGGGCAAGACCAAGAGCGCCGUCUUCGAGAUGCACAUGUGCCAGCAGACGCAGGAGAACCUCAACAGCGCCGUUGCAUCCAUGGAGGACAUGGACGAGAUCCUGGCGGGAGUGCACGAGAAGCUCGACUUCACCGCCAAGACGAUGCAGGAGGCCGGCCAGACGAUCCAGGAGGCGUACGGCCAGGUGGGCGACACGGCGGCGUCGGCCCUGGCCCAGGCCGCCAAGGUGCACGCGGGGAGGCUGCAGGAG